UUUUGAAGUUUGGCCAUCGUUGGAUCUGGCUGAGUUAUAUUUUGAACCGGUUGGGAAAAAAAGGAAAGGAAGGAACCAGACAACAACCGAUCAAUCGUCGAUUGACUAACACAAAUAAAAAACAACCAAGCCUCACACCAUCCAUCCAUCCCCAACCAACUCAACUCAACUCAGAAGAACCAAACACCAAACACCAACAUGCUCUCACUCUCAUCCACCGACCUCAUCCUUCUCUCAGUCAUAGGAGCACUCACCCUCUACUGGCUAUACGCAACACUCUUCGCCAACCCAUCAUCCUCAACCGCCCACCGAACAAACCCAACCCACCAACAACAGCUCCAAGGAUUCAACAUCCACAAUGGCCCCCGAUCCGACUCCAACCCUGAACUACUGGCUGCCGGCAGAGAUUUUGUGAAGAAGAUGGAUUUACAGAAAAAGAAAGCGGUGGUCUUUUACGGUUCCCAAACUGGCACAGCCGAAGAUUAUGCGACCCGGAUCGCCAAAGAGGCCAAAUCGAAAUUUGGCAUCUCCAGUCUCGUUGCCGAUCCAGACGAGUACGAUUUUGACUGUCUCGAAAAGCUGAGAGCUGACCAGCUAGCGAUCUUUGUUCUGGCGACCUAUGGCGAAGGAGAGCCAACCGACAAUGCAGUCAACAUGCUCGAACAACUCAAAGAACAACAGACCGAAGGAAACCAACUAGACCAUCUCAAUUAUGUCGUCUUCGCUCUCGGAAAUCGCACCUAUGAACAAUUCUGUCAAAUGGGAAUCAUCGUUGAUGAGCUGUUAACCAAGCGUGGAGCUAAGAGAAUCGGAGAGCUGGGGAUGGGCGAUGAUGAUAAAUCUAUGGAAGAAGACUAUCUGGCCUGGAAAGACCCAAUGUGGGAGCAAGUCCAGAAAGUGAUGGGAUGGGAAGAAGGUGCAGGAGGAGACGAACCCGACUUUCUGGUCAAAGAAGUUGAAGUCAAUCCAGGUAAAGAGGGAUCAAUAGAUGACGCACAAGUUUAUCGGGGUGAACUGAGUGGAAGAGCAUUGAUGGGUACUCGGGGUAUCUUUGACGCCAAGAACCCCUGUCCUGCCAGAGUAGCCAAUGCCCGAGAACUGUUUGCGGCCGGGGACCGGAACUGUGUCCACAUGGAGUUUGAAAUUCAAGGCACUGGAAUUAGAUACCAAACGGGUGACCAUCUAGCCGUAUGGCCCGUGAACCCAGAUUCUGAAGUCGCCAGGUUAAUGAAAUUACUUGGACUGUGGGAGAAGCGAGCCACAGCAGUAGAGAUUUCCUCUCUAGACCCCAUGUUGGCUAAAGUGCCGUUCCCGACACCAGCAUCGUAUGAGGCUAUCUUCCGGCAUUAUCUUGACAUUUCAUGCAUUGCAUCUCGUCAGCUGCUGUCAGGACUAGCCAGGUUUGCGCCCACGGAUGCAGCUAGUGCGGCGUUGAAAGCUAUCGGGACCGACAAGGAGCAUUAUCAGCGUGUUGUCGCCGGACCUGGUCUGAGAUUAGGAGAGUGUCUGAUGAGCGUCCUGCCUGGUGGAGCUGAGAAGUUGUCGGUUGAAGACCCACUGUCUGAGAGCUUCGGUCAAGGCUGGUUUCAGACGUACCAGAUCCCAUUCGAUCAGAUCAUCAGCGGUCUGCCCCGUCUUCAGCCAAGGUUCUACUCAAUCUCUUCCAGCCCAAAGAUGUAUCCCGAUCAAAUCCAUAUAACCGCUGUCGUGCUUAAAUACCCUUCAGGAAGCCGGAUGAUUUAUGGCUGUGGAACAAACUAUAUUUUAAACGCCAAGAUGUUUUUACACGGGGAGAAGGAGCGGAUGGAACACCAACCGAUUGACCAGCGUUCAAGCGGAGCCCCGCAUUAUACCUUAUCUGGUCCACGAGGCAAAUACCUAGAAGACGGCACGAAGUUGAAGAUCCCGAUCCACGUCCGACGAUCGAACUUCAGACUGCCCACGUCGCCGAAGAUCCCCGUGAUCAUGAUCGGUCCAGGGACGGGAGUGGCGCCGUUCCGAGCGUUCGUCCAGGAACGAAUGAUGUUGGCGCGCAAAGCAAAAGCUAAAGCCAAGGAAGCCAAUGGUCUGCAAGGCGAGGCUGAUGCCCUCAACGAUUGGGCAGAGAUCAUGCUCUUCUACGGGUGCAGGAAGGAAGAGGAAGAUUUCUUGUAUAAGAACGAGUGGCCUGAAUAUGCAGAAGAAUUCAAUGGAAAGUUCAAGAUGUUCACGGCGAUCUCAAGGAGACCAGAACUAGGAGGGAAGAAAGAAUAUGUCCAGGACUUGAUCAAGUUACAAACCGAGAGGAUAUACAAGAUGAUUAUCGAGCAGAAGGGGUAUAUCUUUAUCUGUGGAGACGGGAAGAGCAUGGUCAAAUGUGUCGAAGAAAGCUUGAAGACGAUCUUCGAAUCCACCGGGACCAAGAAUGGGGCGGCUGAACUGAAGUUCUUGAAAGACCGGAAUCGUCUGCUUUUGGAUGUGUGGUCUUGAUCAUCGCUGGGUCUUCACUUUUUUUUCUUCGCAACUCAAUCGUCCAGUUCUUGCCCGUUCACUCCGCCCUCUGAUCUCCGUUUUUUUUCUUUCUUUCUACUCUGACUUGCUUCCUAUUUCCUUUCUUGUAUUUAUGUGUGUAUCUCUCUUCUUUUUUUUUUCUAUCUCCUCGUCCACCCCCUCCCCAUUUUUUUUUUCUUAAACUCGAAACUGAAAAAAACAAACAGACAGACAGACCAAAGGACUUGGAAAUGUCUUGGUGAUCUUCUUGAUACACUUGAACACCCUCUUGUUUAGACUUUUUUUUUGGUUCAUCAUUCUUUAACUUAUCGUUGUCUACUUCUUUGACAUCUAUAAAACACCUACCAAUCCAGCUUUUUUUUUCUUGUUGUAGAUAGUUGGUCGAUUCAACAUUGUCGUUCAAGAUCUUCUUCUUCUCUUUUUCCCUUUCCUUUUCUUUUGAUAACCCCCCCCCCCCCUUGUUUUUGGUGCUUAAGACAACAAUUUAUAAAGAUCCAAGAAUAAUACAACUCGACCAUUCUCGCAAAUCUCUCAAACUAGCCUAAGAAACAAACCAAACUACCUAUGUUUUUUUUUUCUGGUUUUCUUAUUAAUCAAAUAUAGAUGGUGUUUUUCUUCUUUUUUAUUCUCUAUUCUUGUGGGCCUUUCAAUAUCUGCUCUCAUUGCUUCUUUCCACCAACUCGGAAUGCAAAGAUAUUCAAAUUU